AUGCCAGGCAUUGACUGUGAUAGCGACCAUCGGCUCCUCUCUGUCCACAUUCGUAUCACAACUCCAGGUCAGCAUCCGUGGGGCCGCUCGCGGCCGUUGGACAACUUGUCUCGAGUGCCCCGUUUGAAUGUGGCACGGCUCCAGAACCCCGACGUUGCUCAGGCCUUCAACGAGGCAGUUUUCGAUCUCGUCCGCGAUGAUUUGGCCUCCGACCUGAGCCUCUGGCAGUACGCCGUCCGGCGUGCUGCCGAGCAUGUUUGCGGACCUUCCAUCCGUCAUCGGCGACCCCUGUGGCAGGUGGAGAAUUCGGCAGCUCUGCAAAAGCUGGCUGUCACGAAACAGCAAGCCUUUCUGGGCCUUGAUGGGUCUGCCUCCUCCUUUCAUCAUUAUCGAUCGGUAAAGAAGGCCUGCCGUCGGGAGGUACGAGUCAUCCUUAACCGUUGGUGGAGUGACCGGGCGGCCGCUAUACAGCUAGAAGUUGACACUAAGACUCCGAAUCACCAGUUCGCAGGCUUCAAGGAAUUGCGUCAGGUGUUCGCGCCUGGACACCGGCCGGCGUCUAAAUUGAAGGGGCGUGAUGGCUCUCUUCUGCGCACGCGAGCUGAACGUGUGACACGGUGGGAAGGGCACUUCCGGGACUUACUCAACGUUGAGGCACGGGUUGACCCCACCCUUCUUGACUCGCUGGCUUCCUUACCGGUUUACGCACCAUUGGCUAACACGCCGACAUUCGCGGAGGUCCUUGCUGCAGUGUCGCAACUCAAGCGGGGUAAGGCUCAUGGCCCGGAUGGUAUCCAACCGGAAUUGCUUAUGCACCUUGAUCACGCUAACCUUCGGGUUCUUCACGAGUUUCUCUGUCGCAUGUGGGAGGGCCUCGAUCCUAUGCCUGCCGAAUGGAAAUCCAAUUACUUAGUUCCACUUCCCAAGUCCGGUGACGGUACCUUGCGCAAGUACUCGACAUGGGAGACUCUAAUGCUGCACGAUUUAGGGUACGCGGAUGAUGCUGGAUUUAUUGCUGAUACCUAUGAACAACUCGCCUCCUGGGCCAGGGCUCUACAAGCUCACUACUCGACGUGGGGCUUGUCGCUCUCCGUUGCCAAAACUGAGGCCUUAACCACUGCGGCGGAAGGCGGUCGUGACCCCAUCUCGAUGGAUGCUCCUGAGGGGGCUCCGUCGCAGAUUCAAUUUCUUUUCCAAUAUUUGGGUACCCAGAUCAGUCAGGACGGAAGCUGCGUGUCGGAUAUUUCCCGUCGACUAGACUUGGCCCGCAAGGCCUUUUGGCAACUCACCGCCAACGUCUGGGAUGUGGCCCAGCUGGCUCUUUCCACUAAGCCCGUGCGGGCGACGGCCGCCCGUGGCGACAAAUGGUUUACCAAGUUGCUCCGUGGCGCCACCCUCGGGCUGCAGAAGGGGCGUGACCAACUGGCAGCCCAACUUGAGCGCGUCGCCGCUGUGGCUGUCAGAGCCUCUUCUGAUGCUGGUGACGCUCGGGCUGAUCUGCAGCUGGUUUUCUUUCUGCAGGGACGCAUCCACACCAAGGCAUUGGCUGCCCUCAAAGACUACCCGACCGGUCCGGCGGCUAUCCACAGUGUCGGUCAUCUGGGCAAACCUCGCGAAGAUGCACCUUGGAUUGCGCCGGUACAAUUCACUGGUUCCAGCGUGGGCCGUCGCCUCCGUGAGCUGUGGGCCGAUCCUCACUUGGGUUGUGUCUUCAGCAAAGGUCCUAACGGCUGGCCUGCCCGGGUUUCCCCCAAGCGGUCUGCCUCCGAUGCCGCAGACGCCAGGCGGUCGCGAGCCCGACGGUAG